AUGGUGAGAAGUGGUAAAUUUUUGACAAAUUUAGGUGGGUACAGUAAAUACAGCACAGCUGCACCUCCUGCUCCUGCUCCUGCUUCAGAUUAUUUACACCAAAAAGUCAUCACUACUCAUCAUCACUACAUCCACCCCACAGCCCUCUCCUUCCUUUCCGUAAUCUCUUCAUUUCUCUUUUAUCAGUUUACCUCUCUACCCACAUGGACCAUGGAUUUAGGCAAUUCAACUGCAACAGCCACUGUUAAGACACCAGAAGCUGAGAAUGAGACGCCGACUCGGAUCCAGACCACCAAUUCAAAGCCUUUGUCUUUCACCAACGGCGUGUUGAAGAGGCACGCGCCGCUGCAGCUUUAUCAAGGUAAUUCCAACAACCACCAUCCGGUGGUUGUGAACUACAAAGAAUGUCUGAAGAAUCACGCCGCGAGCUUGGGUGGCCACGCUGUGGAUGGUUGUGGAGAGUUCAUGCCAUCACCUACUGCGAAUCCAUCUGAGCCUACUUCGCUGAAAUGCGCCGCGUGUGGAUGUCACCGGAAUUUCCACCGCCGUGAGCCGGAAGAUCCACUUCCACCUAACGCCACAGCUGCUCUUGACUACCAGCCGCACCAUCGUCACCAUCCUCCACCGCCGCAGCCGGCGAAUCGCGGGAACAGCAGCAGCCCAAAUUCACCUUCCCCACCACCGAUCUCUUCGUCUUACUACCCCUCAGCACCCCACAUGCUGCUGGCCCUCAGCCAUGGCCCAUCCGGUCCACCGCCUGACAGCAACACACCAAUUUCCACCACUCCCAACUCUACGUCUGCACCUCUGUCUUCAAAUCCCAAUGGCAGGAAGCGUUUCAGAACAAGGUUCACACAAGAUCAAAAGGAGAAGAUGCUCCAGUUCGCCGAGCGAGUUGGGUGGAAAAUGCAGAAAAGAGAUGAAGAUUCGAUCACAGAAUUCUGCAGUGAAAUUGGUGUCGACAAAGUGGUAUUCAAAGUGUGGAUGCAUAACAACAAGACCACUUUUGGCAAAAGAGAUCAGCAGUUAUCUAACAGUGUCAUCUCUCCCACUGCUCCACCCACCAACAAUGGCAACGGUAAUGGUAUCGCCUAUGGUACUAUAAGCAGUAGAAAUGACACAUUCGAUACCGCAAACGCCAAUGUCGAGCCCGACACCACCGUCGCCGCUGCCACUUCCAUCCAAUAUCACCACCACAACCCGGAAAACAACAAUGACAGCAACAUUGACAUCCGUGGUCAAGAUUUGAGUCAGCACCACCUUCAUGAUAACAGUGGCAACAGUCCUCGUGUUCUUGGUGGUACUAAUGGGUCGUCUUCUUAA